AUGGCAUUAUUUCGCUACGGCUUUACAGUUCAAAAUAACAGCCAAUCGGAUUCAGUAAAUUGCGACACUGUGCCUUCAAUUCCUGCUUCUUUUCUAAGUCAAGAAAACACAUCUCUUGGUACUGUUGAGUAUCAAAACGUUUUAUCUGUUGUAGGAACAUUAGUAGAUGAUAAUGAUGGCGAGAAGAGUUCCUCAGCUAGAGCAAGAAAUAGAGGGAAUUACAACCACUAUUCACCCGAAAUACGUGCUAAGAUUGGAAAGUAUGCCAGCGAAAAUGGCAAUUCGAAAGCGUUAAAAAAAAUUCAAGGCAGAAGUACCAAAUUUGAAGGAAAGCACAGUGCGAAGUUUUAA